AUGUUUGAAGUUGAGGGCUCUGCUUUCCAGAAGAUUUGCAGGAUUGCUCCAGAGAAGCUUCGUAGUGAAAGCGGAGUUCAACUCAUCGUGGAGGCUCUUGGGGGCGCAUGGGGCAAAACCGCGAUUGAGAAAAAGUUCCACUACUUUGAGCAAGCGAUCUUUCAAGUGAUGCAGAAAAACGACGAAACCAACGACUCGUACUUAGCACGCCAUGAUGCUUUCUUUGAAGAGCUUCUUUCGCGAAAGGUGACCAUCGAGGAAGUGCGCGAGUAUGUGUUGCUUCGCCACAGCCAGCUCGCCCCGGAGGAUAAGAAGCGUGCGGUCGUCGAGUCUCAGGGCAACCUCAAGUACGCCGAGACAGUCAAAGCGAUCAGAAAUCGAAGCUUGGAACGGAACAAGAUCUAUGACGUGCACUUCACGGAGGAAAGUGGAGCCGAGGAUGUCUACUACAGCGCCGUGCCCGAGGAGGAACCGAGCGACGAGGACCUCCUCUGCUACUUCUUGGACAUCAUCACCGAGUUCGAGGACAGCAUCGUGGAUGCCAUCCAGGACAGUGAGUUGGCCCCGGUGUAUGUGACAUACCAGGAGGCUCGACAGAACGUGGAUAUUGGCCAGCCAGGGGCCAUGGAAAGACGAAAGGAUCCGGAAAGAAAGGCAAAGGGUCAUCAUCGUCUUCGUUUCCGGGGUGGGGUCAUGGUCGCAACCGGUCUCUCGCGGACCGCAUUGCAAACUCGACCUGUCGCGUUCGCUAUCAGAAAGGUGGAGGUGACCCACUUUACCCAAGAGACCUCAGACCUCUAUGCCCCGAACCUCCCAGACAUUCUCCACACCGUGCCAGCGGAGUCCGAGCCCUACUUUGGAGAAGAGGACAGCCAGGAAGACAGACGGAGCAGCAAGCAGCAAAGUGAGGGUGUUUUGGAUACGGGAGCUAGCUGCACGGUAGUUGGUAGCCAACGGGUCAAUGAAAUCCUAGAGGGGCUUGACGCCGAGUGCCGCAACGGUGUCCGAAAGACAUCGUCGAACAUCGUCUUUAAAUUUGGCAACAGCAGCACACUCCAGUCAAAACACGCUUUGCUUCUGCCAACCUCAGAGUCCACCUGGCUGCGAGUUGAGGUGAUCCCCGGUAGCACGCCGUUGCUCAUUUCUAACAAGCUACUUCGUGAGCUUGAUGCGGUGAUUCAUGUUAGAACCCUUCCCUCGCGGAUCAUUGUCACGCCGCUCUCCAAGAAGGAUGCGCUCAAGUUGCAGGGCAAGAUGGUGAAUCCCGACGUGGACGAGCCAUUGGAGGGUUCCGAGAGCGGGGCCAUUGCGCUGGAUCGCCCCAGUCUCGAAAGCUAUCUCGAGGUGGAGUUUGUUCGCUUAAAGGGGAUGGAAACGCUCCGAGCCUGGGGAAACAUGACGUUGACGGCCGGCAAACACAAGUCCAAAACCUUCGCCGAGGCGUUCGAGGCGGACUUGGUCUAUGCCGUGGUGAUGUCCCGCAAACAAUCCCUCACCAGCAGCUGGGCCAUCUCACACAAGAACUUUUGCCUCGCACGCCGGAAGGCUGCAGCACGGGCCGAGCAGAUGGCAGAUCAGCAGCGCCAGAUGCCGGCAGCGAGUCGAGGCCAGGACUCGGUGUUCUUCGAGAGCGAGGGGGCUGCGAAAGCCAACGAGACCAUCAAAGGAAAGCGAGCGGCGCACAUCGAGAAUCCCACGUCAGCGAUGAACACGGAGCUGACCGCGGAGCAGCGACUCGACAUCCUCACCAAGAAGGCGCUACUGCAACGGUGGGAGCUUGCGCAACUGGAGCAGUUGGAGCCGACCGUGCGGGAGGAGGACCAGAAGCUUGAUGUUCUGGAAGUCACUACGGCGGACAGUGGCGUCAGCAAUGCCAUCCGGAAUCGCCAGGGCCGCGCGCUCUCCAUUAAGACUUCGAAUGCUGAUCGCAUUUGGUUCAUGAUUCAUAUGUACGAGCCCAAGCAUGUCUGGAUCAAUUGCGGCAGGCAGGAUCCCACAGAGGUAUUUUGGCCAGAACUACUCUAUGACAUCUACGAACAUCAGAUUGAACAUGGGCGUCAUUUUCAUCUUUGCAGUGGCCAAAGUAUCUUUGCGGAGUCCGCCUCGGAACUGCAGAGCGUGAUGCAUGGCGCCACGCGUGCAGUUCACUGUCCCUCGGAGGUGAUGGGGUUGGGAAAGAUGCCCGGCAACAAUUUUCUGAACAAGAAGAGCUUUAUUUACACCACAUCUCGAGCAAUUCAUGACCGAUCCCAGCCAGCUAGCAAGCAACACGCCAGCACCACGAAGCCCGAUACGUUACUUGUUGCAAACCAUAAGCGUGAAGGGGACCUCAACUCGAGUAAUAAUGCCGCGCUUGAGAAUGCUCAGCAAGUUGCGAAGCGCCGACGGCUUCUUCGGAAGCAACCGGCACCUGAGGCUAGUAAAGUUCGGGAUCAGCAGACUGAUGCUUCAUGGGGAAAUAUCUUCAAGAAGUUAAAUGUUCCGCAUCGGGGCCGAGUGUACUUUAGAGAUGGAGAUGAGGUUGUAAAGCAGGCGCAAACGCUGAUCCCACAAUUUCAAGUCAAGCAUGCGGUGAUGGCUCGUGGCACCAACCGCGUCCAGCCGCCAAAGCCUGGUCUCGAGAUACAGGACAUUCCUCUUCGACAAACGAUAGUGGCAUACGGCUUAGAGUUUCUACAAAUUAGCGCGAAUAGGUUAGAUGAGCAGGAAAAGAGGGAGCUCGGAAGACUUCACCAAAACCUGGGACACCCAGACACAGGCGUCAUGGUCAAGCCUGCAGCGAUUCACUUGGAUGCCGAUUUCGGUGAUGUCAUUGGCAUGGAUGUAGCAUAUAGGAGUGGACAGAGUGGUCGCCAGUAUAUGCUUACACACAUCCUGGAUGAGGCGACAUUGCUUCAUCAAGCCACGGCAUCCAGUAGGACCAUGGAAGAUCAAUAUGAUACUCUCACCGACAGCUGGACCAAGUGGGCUCAAGUGGGUCGGACCACGUCAGCUACUUUACAUUGA